AUGGCAGACUCCAAGAACCUACCUACCUUCCUCACAAACACCUCUCUUCAUCCAUCCUUCGAUAAAGACAUCAAAGACACCCAUUUAAUCUACGACUACGCCGCUCAAGCCCCAGACGGCACACCCGAAAAAUGGCGCUACGAGAUGUGGUUCUUUUCCUCCACCCGCAUAGUGNUGUAA